UAUGGGGGACGAAAGGGAGGAGGGAGACCCCUCCACUGAUCGGCUCUGGGUGAGACUCAGUGCCCUCGGGGAGGGGAACGUGUUCGCCGUCCUGCCCGAGCUGUUCCGGAAAAUGAUUACGCAGGAUUUGCUCUCAAACGCGGCCGAACAAUACGAUAUGAUCUUUCCGAGCGACGAGCAGUGGAAGGAGAAGAUCUACUACCGGCUGGUGGAGCAGCAGAGGAAGGCUGAUGCUGCUGAGAUUGCUGAGGGAAUGUUGGAUUCCAUACACCAGCAAAAUCAGAACGAACCGAAAUUACAUGAUUGGAACAUCAUACCGAAAAACGAGAGGAACGAAUGUGACGAGUACGUUCCGAACAAGAUCGGCAGAAAGAGGUUGAAGUACGGACCCAACCCAAUCACAUGGACCGUGAGCGAUCUGGCGAAGGCGGGCUGUCUGCUGCACUCGCCCCCCAUUGGCACCGCUUUCGAGGACGAGCAGGAGAUGAGGAGGGUCUACACCCUCAUCUACGACGUCUACAGAUAUAAGAACGUACUGAUGCAGGCCCUGAACGACAUAAAUUUCUUCCAGAUCUUCGAGCAGCUCCAGUCUUCCGUGCCUAUUGUAUGGCUGCUCUUCUACGACCUCUACCACAGGAGUUUCAAGAAACGGGAGACAGCUGUAAGGGAAAUCGCUUCGAGGCUUUUCCACCACGCCAAGCUUUCCUUCGCGGAGAACGCUCUCUGGUGUCAGAGAGUGAAGCUGGCAGCCGCCGUUUCUAGGCUCAGGAUCAAGUACAACGCUCUCAGUCUGAUGGAGCUGCUUCCCUCCCAUCUUAGAGGGGACCGGGUGAAUAAGGAGACCCAAAACAUUCCCGUGACGGUCUGGAUCAACAACAGGAAAUUCAAGAAUCUUCAGGAUAUCAGGAAACAAAUCGAACAGGCCCUCAAGGUAAAAUUGGUGGAUGACCCAAAAGAUCUUGGUCCCAACACCUUCAAAUGGGAUCGCCAUUGUCCUUUAACAGUCGGCUUCCACUAUUCCAUGAGGACGCAACUGGCGAAGAGUAAUCUAGUUCGAAAUCAUAAGCUCAUUGUUCAGGAUAGAUCAUUUUGCGUCGGUGCAGCAACUUUCUGGAAAGUGGUGGAAGAUCUGGAACUUUCCGGCAGCGUUAUCCAGACGCAUGUCAAUUCACCUAGAUCGACAGCGUAUCUAGCUAAUCUUUUGUCGCAGAACGAGAAAAUCAAGAAAUUGAUGGCUUUCAGUGCAGGUAGAAGGAAAAUCGAGUAUGAAAAUUACCUCAAUGAAUUGGGAAUGACGAAUGUAGUGAUAUAUUCAGAUAAACUGGUUGAUUUCGGUUUUGAGGCACCAUGCAUGGAAGAAGUAGUUGCUGUUUAUGCCACUCCACCAAACAGUUACUCAGCAGUUACAGAUCCAAUAGAUUUGGUUUGCAGCAGAGGUGGUGAUCUAUCCAUGUUGGAAAUCCUGACGGAGUCUGAAGACACUCUAGAGGGAAGGAACAGAGUGACGAAAAUACUUGAAGAACAAAGGAAAACGCUGAAGUUUGCCAUGUCGAGACCACAGAUCCAGGUAGUCCUUUACGAAACCCACUCAGAAUUGGACGUGGAGAACUUCGACAUGGUCCAGACAACCCUCAACGAGAUCAACAGGAUAGCGAAGCUGCAUCACGCAUCCCUUCAAGGGCUGAUAAGCCCGGACUACAUGUCAAACAUACAAAUGCCUUCUGAACUGCUGAAAGAGAUCAACAACAACGAAGAAGACAAGAAAGAGCGUGUGGAUAACAAGGAGAAGCAGAGUGGAGAGAAUUGUUCUGUCAGCAUCCCCAGUUUGAUGGGAGAUGAUCAUUGCGACAGCCCCUGUGAUCUCAAAAAUGUCCAUGUGCCCGAGACUGACCUCUUCGAUACUCCUGAACUACCCUGCCUGUGUCCAGAAGAAACCAACUGCAAGAUGGAGGACGGAUGUUACUUGGCCCUCAUACAGAGGAAGAAAGUACUGAAACUCGACAACAAGUACAUGAUCCAGAUGGCCGAACAGAGAGGUCUGUUCGGGAGUAACAGCAGCAACGCUUCCAAACAGAAAGGCUCGAAGCAGAACAGAAAGAAGCAACAGAACGCGAGGCAAGAGCCGAAAAUGAGGAGGACUAGGAGAAGGCUGAAGGAUUUCGAGGACAUCUCGGAAAUAGAACUGACCCCUGAAUCACCCCAAAGUAUUUGGAGAACAGAUGGCGCCGAAAUCGAGCUGGAAAUAACUGGUACGGAUGACGAUGAAAGUAAAACAAUGGUUAAGGUGACUUCUAAGGUUAUAGAAGAAGCGACUAGAGCUGGAGGUAUCUUGGGUGUUCUGACAAAGGAUCAACUCGAAACCCUCAUAUCGCCGUCUUACAAAGUUUGCUGCGAUCCUUGUUUCGCUUCUCCUGGUGAACCUCAUCACAGAAGGGUGCUUCCAGAACGAAGUGAAGAUGUUUCCAAAGAAAAGGAAUCAACGAAAGCAGAUGCAAGAGACGGUCCACCUCCUAAAAGAAGGAUGGUAACAGAAACCGUUAGAAAUAUAACCAAGGAAAAAGAAACAACGAAAUCAGAAGUGAGGGAAGUUCAACCUGCUAAGAAACGAAUCAUGUCACAAUGGGAUGAAAAGCUUUCCAAGGAAAAGGCGGCUCCUAAACCAGUUCAAAAUCGGGAACCAGUAAAAAAAUCUUCGAUAUCAGUGAAUGAAAAUUUUUCCUGGAUGACGCCUCAGAAAAAAAAUAUUUUCGAGGAUCUGUCGAGAGACGCUUUUGGCAGAAUAAGGAAAGAUCCUCUCUCGAAGACGAAAAGUCUUUGCCCUACAGUUCCAGAAGAUUCGCGUGAGAAUAUACAGGAGGAGAAGAAAUAUUCUACAAACAAAAAUAAAAUCAAAGUUGAUAAAAAAAUAUCGUCACAGAAAGUUCGAGACUUGGUUAGUAUCACGAACAGACUUCUGGGAGUGAAAAAAAGAAGUUCAUUCAGAUUGUUCAAAUGUCGAUUGGCUCAACGAUCGGAUGAGAUUGACAAUAAGGUAAUUGUGAAACCAUCCACUACUUCAUCUGGAUAUGAAGUAACAGUAAGGCCCAGUGGUACUUUCAAUAUAAAUGCGGGACCUGUUAAAAUCUUCAAAUAUAGCCUGGACCUCAGGCAUAUAAAAGGAAAACUAACGGAAGCAAUAAUAGAAAGGAUAUCAAUGCCCACCGAAGCCUCAAAAAUUAGAUCUAUUAAAGAGGAAUGUCUUCCUACCUGCAGGAGAACUGAGGAGGGUGGAACACCUACCAGAGAUUUUAUGUGUGAGUGUUGUAAAAGACGUCAUUCGUAACUGUUAUAUUGUUGAUCAAUCAUGUAAUUGAAUUCCAAUAAAAUGUGUUGAAGUCUA